AUGGAAGAAAAUAAGGAGAGUAGUAGUAUUAAGCAUCAAAUUUUGAAUCUGGAAGGUGGUAGUAGUAACAUUGACAACCAAAAUAAGCAUACUGUGGCUAUUAACGAAGCUGAGGACCCACUUGAUCAUAACAAGAUCUCCGGCGAAACUCAGAAUCCACUUAUUCAUAACAGUAUCUCCGGCGAAGCUGAGGAUCCACUUGAUCAUAACAAGAUCUCCAGCGAAAAUGAUAAUCCACCCAUUUAUAACAAAAUCUCCGGCGAAACUGAGAAUCCACUUAUUCAUAACAUUAUCUCUGGCGAAACAGAAAAUCUACCUGUUCAUAACGAACUCUCCGGCGAAGCUGAGGAUCCACUUGAUCAUAAUAAGAUCUCCGGCAAAACUGAGAAUCCACUUGUUCAUAACAACAUCUCUGGCCAAGCUGAGAAUCCACUUAUUCAUAGCAUGUCAAGUAAGGAUGAGAAUCUACCUAUUCUUAACAAGCUCUCCAGCAAAGCUGAGGAUCCACUUAUUGAUAACAAGAACUCCGGCGAUGCUUCUCCCACCUCCUUCUCAUCUUCUUCAAAUCUGUUGGAACUAGAUUACGAUGAAAAUGCAUUUGAUAUUUCCUUCUCUAUUUCUGAAGAAGAUGAAGAUGCUACUAACACCCGGCAAUGGAGCAUGGUGAGUGCAUCCCCAACAGCUGUCCAAGAGCUUCCUUUAUCGCCGGAAAAUGCAUCUCCAAAGCAAUCUCCGGUGGUACAAGUGAUGGAGCGAACCAACAGCUAUGAUCCAAACAGGAUUCCAUCAUCGACAUUUAGUCGAAAACUCACAGAUACUACGGAAUGGAGUGUUGAUUCCAGUGAUUCUUUAUUUAGUCUUCAUUUGGGGAAAUCUGGAGAACUUAACAGGGCUGAUUCAUCAUUUCGUCUCCCUACAGUGAUAGAAACAACAUCAGAAAUCGAUCAAAAGAGUACAAUAGGUGAAAUCCAAAACCAAAACGACGUGCCAAUUGUUUCUGCAAAUGGGAAUGGAGUGAAUCCUUCUGAGACGCCUUGUGAUUCUAUAACAACCCUACAAGAACAACAACCACCGCCACCACCAGUACCGGAGGGAAACGUGGAGGAAAACGUGGCGGCAGAAACCAAGUCAGACGACCGUGUUACACUCCCAAAAGGUCGUUGCAGAUGCUUCAAUUGCUUCUCUUGUUGUACAUUCUGUGGUUGA